AGCGCGGCAGAGCAGCUUUUUGGCUGUAUCUCUGCCGCUACCGCGAGUUUGCAACGCAGAAACGCAAGCCGACCUCUGCGAGGUCCGGGCUAGGCGCCAGCAACGCAAACAGCGCGACGGUGUAGCGCAGGAGCAAGAUUCCACAUUGAGAGCAGGGCUUGCAGGCAGCCGCAGCGCGCCGCGAAGGACACAGCAGAGCGGCAGAGCUAUUGGCACAUAGCGGUCAGCCAUGGUGCAGUUCGGCAAGCGCUUCGAGACGUCGCAAACCAGACGCUGGUUGCGGCACAACGCGGACUACGAACGACUGAAACUCUUACUGAACUUGGCCGGCGCGGCGCGAGAGCGCGAGCCGGCCGAGAAGACCAUUGGAUUGAACAACUUCGGGGAUAGAGAUAAUGCUGGUCUCCUAGAAUCCGACGUGGUCCUAGCGCCGGGCGUCUUCGAUUCGGGCCUAGAGGCCCUGGAAAAGCAAGCUCUGGAAACGCUCUGGCGGAAGAACCGCAAGCGCGGCCCUUUGGCAAAAUCCACUUCAUUAAGCAACAUGGAGCGCUUCGCCUUCGCGAGCCCCGGCUCGCCCACGAGUGACGCCGACGACGACGCGUGGCACUGGACGCGGUGGUUGUUUUCGUCUCGAUUACCUAGAUCUUAUGCUCUACUCGCGCAUGGUUUCGACGUCGCGUUAGUUGCUGAAUUAGACAAGGUCGACGCUUUGUAUGCGCGAGAAUUACGCGUACUGAAGAGUAGGUGGCAAGAUGCGUUACAAGAUGAUUUUGAAGAAGCGAUAGACACGGAAGAUGAAGGUUCAUCAAUAGCCACGGAAAAGUCGAAAUUAAGACAAAAAACAUCCACACUUAGUAGCGCCUAUUCCGCGCUGGACGUCGAGGAUCAACGGACGCCGCACGCGUCGCCCCGUCGAAGAAAACGUUCACUAGAUGUGGCCGACGCGGCUACAAGAGCUUCUCUGAAACGAUCGUUGGCGCAACUCGACGCCGAUGCUCGAGAACUCAUCGAUUUCACGGUCUGGAACUUUACCGCGUUUACUAAGAUAACUAAAAAAAGGGACAAGCGGUUGAAAAGGGAGCCCGCUAUUAGGGAGCGAUUUACGACUUUGGUCAAGAAUCGGGAUUGCUGUGCUGCUACUUCUGCAAGGAAGUUGAUCAAGGACGUCCACCGGAGGUAUGCGGACCUGUUUUGUGGCGGGAGUACUACCGAAGCGGAACUUGAGUUGCGGGAAGCGGCUCGAGCCGCAAAUGAAAGCGCGCAAUCGUUGUAUGGAGGGCAGAACACGAUCGCAACUUUAAGGUUUGGCUAUCGGGCGGGCGUCGCCGCCACCCUAGCGGUCUGGGUCAUGUGGGACUGUGUGGAGGUCGUGAACAGUGUGCACAAAAAAGUGAGUCAUGAUUCGGUAGCCGCGAAGGCCGCGUGGCCGUUGUUCCGAGCCUGUGGGGUAUUAUUGGCGUGGCACUGGCUCUGGGGGUUGAGUCUGUGGGUCUGGAAUAGAUUUAGGGUGAACGCGCCGUUUCUGUUCGACGUGGUCGACACCUGAGUGGAAAUCAAAUUUCGGGCGCCCCACGCCAUCGACGCGACGUGCUUCCGUAGCUGCGUCUGCGCGAUGGCGUGGCGAUUCUACGCCAUCGACGCGACGUUGUCCCCGUGGCCGCGUCGUAUAUCCUAACUCACUGGUUGAUUUCCACACAGGUCGACACGGCGCAGACGCCGGCCGCCUCGCCCGCGGACGUCUUUGAUGAAUGUAUUUUGGAGACCAACGUCCUGUUAUCGUUACUGCUAUGCUACUACAAGAGUACCUACCGGGGCGGCAUGCCGAAAUUCAUCGAAAAAGAUGGGUACAUCGCUACGACAUUACCCCAAGCUCUACCUCUCAUGCUAGUGCUCUUCCUCUUCAAGUGCUUGGUGCAUCCUUGGAGUAGACGUAAACAACUCUGGUCCAUCAUCUCACGGGUGAUACGGGCGCCGUUCUGCGAAGUGCGGUUCGUGGAUACGUAUGUCGCGGAUGUACUGACAAGUAUGGUCAAAGUUUUGCUGGAUGCCUUAUGGUGCUGCUAUUUUUUCUUGUCUGGCGCAUUUUUACGAUCGGAAUCGGACAGGAAGAACCUCGACGAGUUGCAAAAGACGACCCAUGCUUUUUGGUAUAAACAAGUACUGGCUCCAGCCGUAUGUUUUUUUCCGAUUUGGUUCCGGUUCGCCCAAUGUUUACGGAAGUAUGUGGAUGUGGGCGACGGCCACAGAAGAUGGGUCCAUUUGUGGAACGCCGCCAAAUAUGCGUUUAGCUUGAUUGUUACGAUUACUACCGUGGUAAGAGGCACGGAGAAGUUCAAGUCGCGGUGGAGUAUACUGUUUUUCGGUUCUUCAAUAUUCUCAUGGGUCUGGGACGUGCACGUCGACUGGGGGCUAAACUUCUGCAAGGUAGAGUCGUCGGAGGACACGUCGUUUCGGCGGCCGUCGUCCUUCGACGAUGCGCCUCGGAAAAAGAGGUGGCAUAUCCUCUCGAGGCAGACGCGGAUGUAUCCGAAGGUGUGGUGGUACAGGGGUGCGGCCCUGUGUGGAAAUCAACGAGUGCGUCGGGUGCUUCACUAAGUCAUUGCUCGGCGAUGAUGCGGCCGAGCUGGCUCCGUCGAGCGGUGAGGAACCGACACGGCCACGCCAUCGAGCAGGCGUCGCGUUGAUGGCGUGGAGGUCGACGCGGCGAUUCAGGACGAACGCGCCGUAAAUUUGAUUCCCACACAGGUGCUGCUGUCCUAGAUUUGUUCGGGCGGUUCGUCUGGUUAGCUACUGUGGUCCCUCCGAACGCGUUUGGUUCGCAUUUGACGUCCUACAUCCCCGACUAUCUCACACCAAUCUUGGCGUUGGCGGAACUAGCUCGUAGAUGCGUCUGGGGCUUCUUUCGGCUGGAGCACGAACAUCUAUCGAACGCGUUUCAGCAUCGGAGGGAGGGGCAGUUCGUGCCGUCGCAUCUGCGGACCUUACGGCCUCGGAAAGCGCCGAAACGCGUCUUGUCGGUCGUCGAGACGGGCUUCAUUGCCGCUCUCGUCAUUGCCCUCGUGUCGCGCAUGACGAUCCUCGCGCACGAUUCGGACAAAUUGGCGCACUUGAACGGGACGUCGCCCGUACACAGUGUGUACCCGGACACGAAUAAAUCGCUACCCAUUGACGUCGACGACGACCUGACGGUGGCGCACCACCACCACCACCACACGCAUAACGACGACGUUGCUGAUGAUGAUGCCAUUGACGACGACGCGCCGAAGAAAGCUUCCGGUAAAAAGAAGAAGGAGGAGGACGUUGUGGACGACGACGAUAAGUAGGAUAAGUAUGUUGUACAUUUAUUAU